AUGAAGUACAUUCUGGUGACCGGCGGGGUGAUCAGCGGCGUGGGCAAGGGUGUCAUCGCCAGUUCGUUCGGCACCAUCCUGAAGCACUGCAACAUCCGCGUAACGUCCAUCAAAAUCGAUCCCUACAUUAACAUCGACGCUGGAACCUUCUCGCCCUACGAGCACGGUGAAGUUUAUGUACUCGACGAUGGCGGGGAGGUGGAUCUGGAUUUAGGCAAUUACGAACGUUUCCUGGACAUCACUCUUCACAAGGACAAUAACAUAACGACUGGACAAAUUUAUCAGUACGUUAUUACGAAGGAGAGACGAGGAGACUACUUAGGCAAAACAGUACAAGUGGUGCCCCAUAUCACUGAUGCUAUUCAGGAAUGGGUGGAAAAAAUCGCGAAUCAAUCUGUAACAAAAGAUGGAGCUAUACCACAGGUGUGCAUAGUGGAACUUGGUGGUACAAUAGGGGACAUUGAGGGAAUGCCGUUUGUUGAAGCAUUUAGACAAUUUCAAUUUAGAGUGAACAGGGAAAACUUUUGCGUGGCUCAUGUGUCUUUAGUGCCGCAGCCAAAAUCGACGGGUGAACACAAGACCAAGCCGACGCAAUCUAGUGUCAGAGAGCUACGAGGAUUAGGUUUGUCGCCCGAUCUUAUAGUCUGUAGGUCGGAAAACCCCAUUGGCAAUUCCGUCAAAGAGAAAAUUUCAAAUUUCUGCCAUGUGGCCCCGGAGCAGGUUAUAACUAUUCACGAUUUAACAUCUAUAUAUCGAGUGCCACUUCUUAUGGAAUAUCAAGGUGUCAUAGAGUUCCUCAAUGAUCGAUUGCAACUGAAUAUCGGAAUGGCGCGUCCGCGUUGCUUUAUGCGAAAAUGGCGGGAUCUAGCUGAACGCGUGGAUCAUUUGCGGAAAGAUGUUAACAUCGCUCUAGUGGGUAAAUACACGAAACUCGAGGACUCCUAUGCCUCCGUUACGAAAGCGUUGCAACAUGCUUCUAUUGAGGCCGGAUAUAAAUUGAACUUGACGUUUAUAGAAGCUGCUAAUUUAGAACAAACUACAAAAUCGGAGAAUCCAGUACUAUACCACGAAGCUUGGCAACAGCUCUGCAAGAGCAACGGCGUUAUUGUACCGGGUGGGUUUGGAAAAAGAGGAAUGGAGGGAAAGAUGGAAGCUUGCAAAUGGUGCAGAGAGAACGAUAAGCCGUUCCUUGGGAUUUGUUUGGGCUUGCAAGCGGCGGUCAUUGAAUUUGCGCGAAAUGUCUUAAAUCUUGUAACGGCGAAUACCACAGAGAUCGAUCCGGAUACUAAUAGUCCCGUAGUGAUAGAUAUGCCGGAGCACACUCAAGGUAUGAUGGGUGGAACGAUGAGGCUGGGCAAAAGACAAACACGAUUCUACAACAAUAAUUCUAUUUUAAAAAAAUUGUAUGAUAAUAACGAUGUUAUAGAAGAAAGGCAUAGGCAUAGGUAUGAGAUAAAUCCAGAUUACGUCAAUGAUUUAGAAGCAGCUGGUUUAAAAUUCGUAGGUCGUGACGAUGAAAAUAUACGAAUGGAAAUUGCCGAAUUGGAAGGACAUAGUUAUUACGUAGCUACUCAAUUUCAUCCUGAAUAUCUAUCGAGGCCGUUAAAACCGUCACCGCCAUUUCUCGGUUUAAUUUUAGCCAGUGUUGGCAAACUGAAGCAGUACUUAGCGCGAGGAUGUAAAUUUUCACCACGUCAACUGAGCGAUAACGAGUCAGAUGACGAUUACAUGAUGGAAGAAAUGACGAAACAGCAUCUAUCUGGUAGUGCAAGUAGGAGCGGUAGCAGUACAUCGGGGCUUAACGAUUAGAAAGCAGUUUUAUUUCAUUUCGUUUUAUUUUAUUUCAUAAUUUUAUUAUACCAUAGUCUGAUCCAUCACACUUUUAUCUGAUCUUCCCUUGUUGAUCGGAUUAGUUUACAUCGACCGUUUAGUACGCCAAGUAUUCAGACUAAAUCCAUUGAUACGAUCGAUGUAAACGACGGCGUAUCAGAAUAGUAGGUUUAGUUUACAUCGAUCUCUUGAUACGCGUAUCAAAUAGUAUAUUUGUGCUGAUCAGUCAAUGAUCAAACUACAAAUUUGCUAGUUAUUUACUAUUUAAUACGUGUAUCAAGUGAUUGGUGUAAACUAGGCCAAAUAUGACUUAAUACGAUUGAUGUAAAUCGGCCGUAUUUAACGCUUAGUUCGCACCAGCUUAAUACCCGUAUUAAAAGUAUCUACGGUGUAAACUAAGCCAAUAUCAUAAUUCAGAAUUAAAAGCUAAACAUACGCGCAUGAUAAACUAAUCGUAAGAUGAACAAACAUGCGUGAUAAACUUGUUUGGGUAAUAUACAAUAUUUUACAAAAAAAAAUGAAAUGUUUGUCUAUGUACAUCUAAAAU